AUGGCCAACGCCGUGGCUUCGUACGACCAGCUGGCCCACCAGGUGGAGGCGCUCCGCAAGGAGAACUCCCACCUGAGGAGGGAGCUGGAGGACAACUCCAACCACCUGUCCAAACUGGAGACCGAGACCUUCGGCAUGAAGGAGGUGCUGAAGCAGCUGCAGAGUAAACUGGAGCAGGAGGCGGGAACGCUGGCUUCAUCUGGGAGGAGCGACGUCCUGCACCAGCUCAAAGAGCUCCACAUGGAUCUGACCAACUACUACGAGCUCAAACACCAGCCUCACAACCUGAGGUUCCUGUCCGACAGCCUGGGAGGGGCGGGGCCAGCCGGAGGGGCGGAGCUAGAGGAGCGUCUGGCCCUGCCUCCUUCCUCCUGCUCCUCCUCCUCCUCCCGGGCUCGUAGUCCGCUCAGAGCCUCGUCCCGUCAGAGCGCCGUGUCGGGGGGAGACGCCGCCGCCAUCAUGCUGCCGCACCACUUCUUAGACGGAGCCCCGCCCAAAAUCGCUCUGAUUGGUGGAGCUGACGGGAGGCCCAGCGACCACCACCUGGAGGAGCUCUACAAGGAGAGGAACCUCCUGCUCGGGGAGAUCGACCGUGAGGAGAGGGAGCGUUGUUGGUAUUUCAGCCAGCUGGAGGCGCUGACACAAAGACUGGCACAACUGCCUCGAAUCGACACAUUUUCUCUGCAGAUGGAUCUGAUCCGUCAGCAGCUGGAGUUCGAGGCCCAGCAGGUCCGAUCGGUGAUGGAGGAACGAUUCGGAACCAGCGACGAGAUGGUUCAGAGGACACAGAUGCGAGUGGCUCGACUGGAGCAGCUGGAGAAGGAGCUGCAGGAGGCCCGAGGGAGUCAGGAGAGUCAGCUACAGUUAUCUGGAGCAGAGAAGCCCCCUGCUGGUGAACCAGAGAACAACAGCUCCUCUGCUGCUGCUGCUGCAGGAAAUGAAGCUCCAGACGGAGGAAGCAAGGUGGAGAUGGUCUUCUGGCUGCUGUCGAUGCUGGCUAACAGAGAUAAGGAGGAGAUGUCCCGGACCCUCCUGGCUCUGUCCAGUUCUCAGGACAGCUGCAUCGCCAUGAGGAAGUCGGGCUGCGUUCCCCUCCUGGUCCAGAUCCUCCACGAGGCCCCGGGCGGCAGCGGCGGCGGCCCCGGGGAGGCGUCGACGUCGGGCUGCAGCCGCGAAGCCAAGUCCAGAGCCAGCGCCGCCCUCCAUAACAUCAUCUACUCGCAGCAGGACGAGGGCCAGGCCCGGCGUGAGAUGAGGGUCCUGCACAUGCUGGAGCAGGUCCGGACCUACUGCGACAGCGGCUGGGACUGGAUCGAGAGCCACGCAGGGACGCCGUCACCAGGAGGAACCAGGACCACCGACAUCCCUGAACCCGUGGACCCUCAGAUCUGCCAGGCCAUGUGCGCCAUCAUGAAGCUUUCCUUCGAAGAGGAGUACAGACGGGCCAUGAACGAACUAGGUGGUCUACAGGUGGUGGCGGACCUGAUCCACCUGGAGCAGGACAUGUACGGGAUGCAGAACGACCCCAUCAACAUGGCCCUCCGCCGCUACGCAGGGAUGGCCAUGACCAACCUGACCUUUGGAGACGUGGUCAACAAGGCCACUCUGUGUUCGAAGAAGAGCUGCCUCCAGGCCCUGGUGGCUCAGCUGGCGUCGGACAGUGAGGAGCUCCAUCAGGUGGUGUCCAGCAUCCUGAGGAACCUGUCCUGGAGAGCAGACAUCAGCAGCAAGAGAGUCCUGCGAGACAUCGGCUGUGUGUCGGCGCUGAUGACCUGCGCCCUGCAGGCCACCAAGGAGUCCACGUUGAAGAGUCUCCUCAGCGCUCUGUGGAACCUCUCGGCUCACAGCAUCGACAACAAAGUUGCCAUCUGUUCGGUGGACGGCGCUCUGGGCUUCCUGGUCAGCACGCUGACGUACCGCUGUCAGACCAACUCACUCGCCAUCAUCGAGAGCGGAGGCGGGAUUCUCCGAAACGUGUCCAGUCUGGUGGCCACACGAGAAGACUACAGGCAAAUCCUCAGGGAUCACAACUGCCUCCAGACUCUGCUGCAGCACCUGCGCUCCCACAGCCUCACCAUCGUGAGCAACGCCUGCGGGACGCUGUGGAACCUCUCAGCUCGAAGUUCUAAAGACCAGGAGCUGCUGUGGGACCUGGGGGCGGUUAGCAUGCUGCGUAACCUCAUCCACUCCAAGCACAAGAUGAUCGCCAUGGGCAGCGCUGCAGCUUUGAGGAACCUUCUUACAAACAGACCCCUGAAGUAUAAGGAUGCUGCGGUGGUGUCCCCUGGCUCCUGCAUGCCCUCGCUGUACAUGAGGAAACAGAAAGCUCUGGAAGCAGAGCUGGAUGCCAAACACUUAGCAGAGACUUUUGAUACCCUGGAGAAACAGAGCCCCAAACACCUGAGCCUCAACAAGCCUCUGCGGCACAUUGAGAGUCUGGCCAAGGAUUACGCAUCGGACUCCGGCUGCUUCGAUGAUGAUGAAGCCCCCAAUGUCUCCAGCAGUUUGGACACUGGGAGUUUCUCGAUGCUCUCCAUGUUUCUUACCAACUCAAACUUCCUCCAAAACCAGCCCCGGAAGAGGGACAGUGAACCUGAGAGAGAUGUGGACCCACCUCAGAUAGUAGAGAAGAGACAUGCACCUCCAGAUGAUGUAUCUGCUGCUGCAGAGAAGUUGGCAAAAAAGAUCACCAACACUGUUGCUAAAAUUGACAGAUUAGUGGAGGAUAUCACUAUGCACACUUCCUCCGAGGACAGUUUGAGCCUGAGCUCUGAGGACCACCUCGCAGAUUGGCCUUAUGGACUGGAUGAACUCAAUGAAGCCCGGGCGAAGUCCUGCUCCCCCUGUCGUCUGUCGGAUACGAGUAGCCUGGCCCACAGGGACCGCCUGAGCCGAGCCCACGCCCUUCUACGCCUCAAAACUGCCCACUCCAGUGUAUCCACAGACAGCUUAAACAGCGGCAGCACAAGUGACGGCUACUGCGGCAGCAAAGACCAGAUGCGACCUGCACCAAGAGGUCUAAUCAUGCAACAACAAAGACCCAACCAGCUUGAUCUUAAAGUGGCUCAUCAAGAAUACAUAAAUGCCGUGCCAACUGCCCUCAAUGAGACUAACCAGCAAGAUAUUCCUGAAAGAGACUCUGUGGACAACAAAGAUGUAAAAACCCAAGAGUUUAGCAGUACAGAUCCAGAAAAGAACCAGGAUCCACCAGUUCAGACCCCUGUCAGUGUAUCUACAAAGGUUUCCUCUGAUGUUAGCAUGACUUCUAUUAAGCUCUCUCCGUCUUAUCAGCAGGUGCCGCUCAUUCAGAGCGUAGCAAAAUUUGGUGUAGCCAAGACAGCUAUUAAUGUUCAGGCUGCCCAAGCAAUGAGAAGGCAAGCAUGGGUACCCACUGUGAUGACAGGAGGGAGCAUUACCAAAUUUUCUCCAAUAACAUCCACCAGAAGCCCAACCAUUGGUACGAUGGAAACAGUCCAAAAAUACUCAGUGGAGAACACACCCAUAUGUUUUUCCCGCUGCAGUUCACUGUCCUCUUUGUCUUCUGGUGAUGGAGGGCUGGAUGGACAAAGCGAAAAUGAGCUGGAGAGUGAUUCAUCACUGGAAAUAAUUGAAGUGGAGGAUGGAGAGGUGGUCAAGAGAGCUGAAGAAGAUGAAACGUUGGAGGACCUGAGUGACAGCCAGCUCCUCAUGACUGACUCAAAGACUUUUCCAAGCAAAGAAACUGAUCCCAUUGAGAUUCCAGGUCCUGCCAAAAAGGAAAAGGUGUUCCUUAGGGGAGCGUCACCAGCUGUACUCGAAGACCGAUCUCCAUCCAGUUCAUCUGAGAACUACAUCCAUGAGACACCACUGGUAAUGAGUCGCUGCAGCUCAGUCAGUUCAUUGGGCAGCUUUGAGUCUCCUUCUAUUGCCAGCUCAAUCCAAAGUGAUCCCUGCAGUGAGAUGAUUGAUGGAACAAUCAGCCCCAGUGACCUUCCUGAUAGUCCAGGACAAACAAUGCCUCCUAGUCGUAGUAAAACCCCGUGCUGUGUUGAACCAAAUGGACCAGAAGCACAGCCUGCAGGAAUAUCAGGACAGUGGGAAAACAGCCUUCGGAAAUUUAUGGAAAUCACGGACUCGAAGGACAGAUUUAACCUUCCUCCUGACCUGGACACUAUGAUCUACUUCACUGUGGAAAAGCCCACUGAGAACUUCUCCUGUGCUUCAAGCUUGAGUGCUUUGCCUCUUCAUGAACAUUACAUUCAGAAAGACGUGGAGCUGAAAUUAACCCCCCUGCUCCAGCAAAAUGACAAAAAUCUUCCUCUUUAUGAUGAGGAUGAGCAAGGAUUCGAGCAUGGGGAGCGAUAUAGUGAGGGUAACUCAGAUGAUGACAUAGAAAUCUUAAAGGAGUGCAUUAAUUCAGCAAUGCCAUCCAAGUUUAGGAAAGUGAGACCUUCCCUGAUGACGACAAUACCGCCUCAUAUUCUUAACGCCCAGAUUAGAAAACCAAUACACCUCCCUGUGUACAUGCUCCCAAAUGGAAAAACCCAAGUAUGUCCUGGAAGAAGAAUUGUCAUCCCACAGAAAGACUUCAAAUUCGAUGAUUCAUCCUUCACUGAUUCUGCAGAAGGUACCCCCGUCAACUUCUCCAGCACCACAUCACUAAGCGAUGAAACACUCCAGUAUCCAGUGAAGGAACGAGGAGCUAAAGACUGCACAGCUAAAGGUCUGAACAAGCAAGAACCGCUUGAUGAUGAGGCGAAGAGAAUUGAAGACUUGAGGAUUUUCUCACACUUCCACAAACCCCACAGGAUGAACUACCAACCUGAGAUACAACUAACCCGAACUACCAAACAUGUCAUUCCCACACAACGGGUGCUGAUGCAGAGCAAAGAAGUAGCUGAUCGAGUGGCGAGCCAAAGAAAUCAUUCUCCUAGUCAGCAAAGAAAAAUGCUAAACCAAGUAAGGAAACUGGAACUCCCUGUCAUUAAGAAAAACCCAGAAAGUAACCUCAAUCUGCGGUCGCAAAGUGAGAGAGUUUUCCAACAGAUGUCAUCAGAGGAGAGUAAUGGCUACUAUGAUGACAAUGAAGAAGCAAUGAAGAGAAAUAGUAGAAAACAGAUAAGAGAAGCCAGUAGAAACACACUUUCCCGAAGCAUGACAAACAUUGGCAGAAUCGAUAAUUCCCAGAAGCCCAGAGGAUUUCAUCGGAUAAAACAGGGUCUAAUAAAGGAUGAAUCUCUGGCGUGUUACUCCCUCAGCUCCUCUCUCAGUUCACUGAGCGAUGCUGAGUUUGAGGAUCAGAAAUCAAAAGCCCAACAAAUAUGGUACAAAAACAGACAAAAUAAAAACAUGGUUCAACAGAUGAAGUCCAUGAACAUUCACAGCCAGUAUGAAGAACAAAGCUCACCAAGCUCUGUCAGCAUGGAUUCAGAGGAUGACCUCCUUCAGAAAUGCAUCACAUCUGCCAUGCCCAAGCAGAGAAGGAAGCUGGCUGCCAGAAAGAAGAAAGGAGAGAACUCCCAAAAACAGAAACAAAAGGCUGUAGACGGGUGGAACAUCGACGAGGAAAUUGACAGUGAUGAUACGGCAUGGGAUAAGGAGUCCGAUCUCAAUAGUGUUGAAUGGAGAGCCAUACAAGAAGGUGCUAAUUCUGUUGUCACUGGACUGCAGGCAUCAAAGUCACAAGAACCAUCCUCAGAAGAGACUGAAUCUGUGCUGUCUUUUAUGUCCACCUCCAGCUUUACACCCAAAGAAAAGAAGUUUGCUAAAGACAAAAAAGCAAACAAACCUUUAGACUUUGCACAGCGCAAGCCAGUUCCAAACCUGCCAGUGGUUUUCAGAGGCAGAACAGUGAUAUACACACCGAAAAAAGAUGCACCUCCUUCUCAAAGACCUCCUCCCAGAAAACCCAAGACAGACACUCCAAAGAAUCCAGACCUCGCUCAACACAGAUCAAAGAGUCUCCAUAGAUUAGGGCGACCACAAGAUAUAGAACUGUCUUUGCCAAAGAGAAGCUCUACUCCACCUCCAAGGAUACCAAAAAGUUCAUCCUCCGGAUCGUCACAGAGCUCUACACCAUCCAGACACUCACAGAGAAAGAUAACAUCCCCUAUUCAGACAAAUAAAACUGUUCAGAAGAAGAAUUCCACUCCUGCUAGUAGUCCACCUGCCAGCAGUCCACCUGAAAGAAAGGGACGCUCUCCUGUUGUCAAUCAAAAUGAAAAAUCCCCACCACCGAAGACACAGAAGUCCCCAGUCCGGAUCCCUUUUAUGCAAAAUUCAGUGAGGCAACCAAGACCCCUGUCUCCGCUGGUAACCAACCAAACAAGCAGCAGACCCACCAACCAGGUCAACGGAAAAAGGAUUGGUCCUGGGAAUCGAUUUGACUUGGUCAGGAUGACUUCUGUCCACUCAAGUGGUGGUGAGUCUGACCGCAAUGGAUUCUUGAGACAGCUUACUUUCAUUAAGGAAUCGAAGACAGUGCUAAGACGUGAAGGUUCUGGACGCAAUGUGCCUGGAUCUCAGAAUGGAUCCCCUCGAAGAGCGGUUCCAGGAGCUUCAGCUGUGUUCCUCUGCUCAUCACGCUGUCAGGAACUGAAGGCGGCGGUACAAGCCCCAAGGAGGGUGCAAGGAAGAGGUCCAGGGCAGUUUCAGGCAGUCCAGAAGCCUGAACCUCAGAGGCAGACAGGAACCUUGUCUAGGGCCACUUCCAGUGAACGGGACAUGACCACAAGACGCCCGGCCAGGAGAACCAGCUCUGAAAGCCCCUGCAGGGCAGCUCAAAGAAAUGGACCAGGCAGAAUGUCUGGACCCAGACAACAGCAAGACAAAGACACCUUUAAACGCCAUGCCUCCUCACCAAGCAUCAACAUUCUGAGUCGUGUUACCAGCCGCUCUUCCCUCCGCUCGUCAUCUUCUGAUUCCAGUGGAAGGGCAAAAAGUGAGGACGAUACAAAGAAAAAAUGCCAGAAAGGACAGAGAUCUGGAUCUCGGCAAAAUGACAGAGUCACUUGGAGGAGGAUCAGGGAUGAAGAUGUACCUCAGAUCUUGAAAAGCACUCUGCCAGCCAACGCAUUACCUCUGGUGCCUUCUCCAGAUGGAGAAAAGCCAAAGCCACCAGCUCUUCCAGGAAAACUGCCAACCAUUCUACUCGCAUCGCGCAAGACAAGCGACGCAAUAGUGCAGACAGAAGAUCUUUCAAACAACAAAACAAACUCAAGCACUUCUCCAACAGUCGAAACUGCUCCGGUGAUCUCAGAGGAGGUUACAAAACUGGCUCUACUGAGGAAGAUCAGCGCUGGCUCUGGGAAUAACCUCCAAGAUGGAGAUUCAGAUGCUUCAGUGAGGACCCACAGUACUGUCUCGACAGGAACAUCAGAUGGCCACAUCGGUGGAGUUGUGCAUUUCCGCCAAGGAUCUCCAAGCAAGGCGGUCCGAGUCACACCGUUCAACUACAUCCCCAGUCCGAUGGCCUGUUGUCUGCAGGACGCUCAGAGCCAAGCGGCUACAAUCAACGAGAAGUCAGGAGAAAAAACUGAGUCAUAGGACGUUUUGUGACGACUCUACUGUGUUCCUGAAUGAACCUCAGCACUCAGACGGACAAACAAGGAGUGUGCUGGUCCCUAUACCUCGGGUGUUGACCCUUUUUUUCUUUCCCAUUCACUGCAUUCAAGUUUUUCUCUGAACAUUUAAUUAUCGCUUCCAGUCUUUCAUUCAUACAUAGUUGGAUGUAUGCAUUGAGACAGGUCUGACAAUAACAGACCAACAAUAACUGUUACUGAGAUGCAUUUCAGAGAAAAAUCUCCUGAGAAAAGGAUGUGCAUCUUUUUGUACUUUUUUUGUAUUUGUAGAGUAACCAUUACCUGGUAGAAAUGUAGUGAAACCAUGAAGCAAAGACAAUGAACUUGAUUUCAGUGCGUACGUCAUCAUCAGUCUCCUGGACAGAGUAAAUAAAAAGAAUAUUAUGCAAAAUUUUGAAUGACAACUCAGCUGGACAUAACCUGAAAAGGUACAAACUGUGGUGGACUUUGACUCUCACAAAGGACAAAAACACUGACAAGUAUUUUUUACGUAAAGUCAUUGCUUUGGACUUUUGUCACAACAUUCAACUGAAUAUGAUACACUGUUAGCCUUUCUUGUUGCAUUCAGAGCCCAGUAGUGAUGGAGGAGAUGUUUUCAGAUUAAUUGUGGCAAAUCAUUUGUAAAAUGGGUAGAGCUGUGGCUUCAUAUCUGUUAAAUGCAGUGUUUGGAAGGUCACUGUUGGACAUAAUUUACUCGAUAAACUGG